AUGUCUGAUGACCCGCGCGCUACCUACCCCGCCUCUCUUCCUCCACCUUCCUACACUCUUAAAAACGGCCUCGCCCAGCUUGAUGUUUCCAAGUUCAAUUUUGACGUAGACUCUGACUCGCUCUACUCUCCCUCUGAGAACGGUACCUUUCUUGAAGAGCUCGAAGGGACUAGCGAGGGCGAGGGCGAACACGGCCGCGGUGGGAUAGCUGCAGGGCGCUUGCCCGAGGAAGUGUAUGUCAGUACGCUUCCGCUGUGGAGGAACGCGCUCAGGAGAAGAUUGGUCUCGUGCGUCGAGUGGGAGACCGGCGUCCUCGCGAGCAUGCAGGACCGCGUGCGAACCCCAUGGCUUGACAUGUACUUUGUAUACACUUCGACGCUCGGGACACACACGUUCUUCAUGUUUUUCCUGCCUGCGCUAUUUUUCUUUGGGUACGAAGACCUUGGGCGAGGACUUGUCUAUGCGCUUGCGCUCGGUGGUUAUUCCUCGUCUUUCCUGAAGGACCUCGCCUGCUCUCCGCGCCCCUUCAGCCCACCCGUGUCGCGACUAACGAUCGGCUCGCACCACCUCGAGUACGGGUUUCCCUCCACGCACUCCACAAACGGGACCUCCAUGGCACUCUUCUUCCUUGCGCACGCGCACACCCUACUCGUGUCUGACCUAAUCUCACUUCGCGCGUUUGUUACGUGCGUCGUGUUUUUGGUCUUCUAUGUAUUUAGCAUUGUCGGCGGGCGGCUGUAUACGGGUAUGCAUGGCUUUAUCGACUGCACGGUCGGUGUGACCCUCGGCGCGUCGACGUGGGCGCUCCAGUGGGCGGUGAUGCCUGUCGUGGAACGCUGGGUCGCUGGGAGCGGCUGGAGCGGUCCUCUUCUCGUAACCGCGCUCUGCCUCUUGCUUGUCAACCAGCACCCGCAGCCGGUCGACGAUUGUCCCUGUUUCGAAGACGCUAUCGCCUUCAUCUCUGUGAUGCUCGGCAUCCUUCUUGGCAAAUGGUUCUCCGCGCAAUACCCCGCGUUCGACCCGUCCACGUUCCCGCCCUCGUCUUACCCCGCCCUCUCCUUCGCGCAUCCUAACACCAUCAUAGUCUUCGCGAGCAUGUCGCUUCUGAAGCUUGCCACGGGCAUUCUCGCCAUCUUCGCGUUCCGUCUGCUAGCGAAGCCUGCCCUGCACGCUGCUCUGCCGCCGCUGUUCCGUUGGCUCGCAAAGACGGUGCGGCUGCCGAACCGGCGGCACUACACGCCCGCGACGGAGUACGCGCGCGGCCCGCCGGCCGAUCUUCGACCGAUUCCGAGUGUGAUGGAUCUCACGCUGGAGAUUCGCGAGGUCGGCGGCGAGGGGGAGGGAAUGGCGAGCGCGCGGAGGGCGGCGGGGUCUGGGGGUGUGGCGGUGCAGAGAAGGGGGAUGGCAGGUAGGAGGGCGGCGGGGUGGGAAGAGAAGGGGGGAAUUGAGGCAGAUGAGGGGGGCGCGGAGGGCCUGGAUGAUUUCGUGAAGCAUUAUGAUGCGGAUGUGUUGACGAAGGUGUUCGUCUACGCUGGGAUCGCUAUCAUCUCCAUGAUCUGCAUGCCUACCUUCUUCCAGACGAUCGGGUGGGGUGUGCGGCCAGUGUUCGAGUGAGCGGACCGUCUCACCGCCCAUCACUGCCGCCGCCGCGGCAUAGGCACCGACAAGGACGCGCUUCUCUAGGCUUCAUUCAUAAUGACGGUAACGAAGGAUACACAAGACGACAGUAACUUACAAGCUCAGAUAACGAUCACGCUCACCGUGCUAUACACCGGUUGCCACUACUGCAGACGCGACCCCCACCGCCACGUUCAAUUACGCUACGUCCCACCAACGAUUUCGCAUCAUGGUCUCGCGGAUCUUUGUAAUGGUUUGGCUGUCUCUCGUCCUCUUUUGGCUGGUUUCCUUCUGUUUGCCUCGCGGCUCCUUUCCCACAUAUUAACAACUUUGCUAUCCCUGUUUACUUAUUGGCGUGUUGGAGAUAAUGACGUGGCAUCUGUCGUCAGUAGGCCCAUUCGUAGGGUUGGCGAUCGGUGGUAUAUAAGCAAGCCUCCCCUUGCCUAGAGACCACGAUUCUCCGGUCGCCCGAUACCCCUUCUCUCUCCCUCUCUUCGUCCUCUCAUCUAUGAGAAUCGAAUCGUGGCCAUUGGUCAGGUUUUAUUCUGGCUCUUUCUCAGUUGUGCACGACAACGAUGUCUACCUUUCCUUGCCUGUGUUAUCUAUCUAUCUAUCUAUUCUGAUUUGAUCUCUUUUCUUUUCGCUC